AUGGGGAGGAACAUUCAACUGCCUGCUGAGAUAAUACCUUUUCACCUGCUGCACCUUGAGUCAGGAAUCAUGUAUAAUCCAUCCAUGUUUCAGUAUGUGCCAAGUACGGCUCCUUGUAUUGGACAGCAGACGACAUCUGGUCACCCAACACCUUCUGAACAUUCCGUUACAGUCAUGCCUCAAACUUCUGAAGGAGAAGACGUCACAUCAGAGAUCAGUCAUGGGUCUGUCCAAACUCAACUACCAUCUCCAAAUUAUGACAAUAUUCUCCCUUCUCCUUCGUCAUCGGUAUCUUCAAACGGAGACAUCAAUCUGGAUAGUUUCUCAGGAACAUCGACGCUCUCGCAACAAGACAGACAAUUUUCCAACAAGAAGCCUCCCUAUUCAUACGUGGCUCUCAUCACCAUGGCCGUCGAGAGUUCCACUACAGGCAUGAUGACUCUCAACGACAUCUACAACUACAUCAUCAAGAGAUUUCCCUACUACCAAGACAACCAACGGAGAUGGCAGAACUCCAUCAGACACAACCUCUCCCUCAAUGACUGUUUCGUCAAGGUGCCCCGACCUCCAGGGAAACCAGGCAAGGGUAACCUGUGGGCUCUGCAUCCAUCUUGUGGGGACAUGUUCGGUAACGGCAGUUUCCUUCGUCGUUCCAAACGUUUCAAGUCGGCACAAAAGCAACGUCGUGAUGAUCCUCCAUUCCAUCCUGCCAGUUCUUAUGGACAAUUAUUCGGUUUGUAUGGGGGCACAUCUCCUUACACAGGUUUCAACCCCCUCAGUCUCGGCUCCUUACCCAACGGACUGACCUACAGCACAUCGAGUAAGCCUGAUUCCACUCCUUGGACCAUGGGAACUCCUACAGUUUACUCUCCAUCAGCCGGCUACUACAACCCCAGCAGCAUCAACAGCUCUCUCACCGGCUCCCCUCUCUCCAGCUCUCCCACGGCAAGUUCGUCCCUGAGACGAACAUACGUACCACAAGCUCCCACACCCACUUCAAAUGUACCUGACCGUUCCUGCACCUACCUGUAUCCACACAUACAACAGUCAAUGACGGGUUCUACAAGGGAUAUCAGUCAGAGUUGGGUUCGAGGUCUUCGAGGUCAUACGUCGCUUAGUGUGGAUUCAUCACUGUUGCAGUGA